CCAAACAUUCAACGCGGAGCCGUUUACGUAGCCUACCUGAAACCUGUCUGGUAUCUACCAAAAUACUUUGUUUCUUACCUCUCUUUGUAUAAAAUACUCUCACCAAGGACCAUAGCAACUAACCUAUCAACGCUGCCGUCCCUCCAAGGCAACGAAAUCACCAUCUCAACACCAACCCCAACCUCCACCACGACGCCCCUAGCCAACAGCAGAGCCAUGCCCACACCGCCGCCCUCAAACCUUCUCCCCUCCUCCUCGCCAGACCCGACCGGCGAAGCAGAAGCCCAACGGGGUCGCAAACGCCGCCGCGUCGAGGGCAUGCUCGUGGCCGCGGCCAAAGCCCGCGCCCUCCACCACCACCGCCACCACCACCACACAGCCGGCACGGGCACGGGCACGGCCACCGGCACGACCACCGGCACGGCCACCGGCACGGGCUCAGCCGAAUCCUCCAACUUCCGCGGCCGGCGCCGCCGCCGCUCCACCUCGCUCGGACUCUCCACCUCCGCCGGCCCGUCCGCCCCGCGAACCCCGCUGCCGCCGCCGACGACGACGAGGACCUCCGCCGCCCGCCGCGGCGCCGGCACAGCCUUCUCCACCCCGAAGCCCGCCGCAAACCUGACCGGCAGCACCGUCUUUGGCGGGGGAGAGAAGGAGGAGGCGGCACCGGACGAGGAGUCGCGGUCGGGAGCACGGAGGAGUUGGGGCUGGGGCGGAGGCGCUGGUGGAUGUUGUGCAGGUUGCUGGUGAUGGAGGUGGUGGUGGUGAGAGCGGAGGAGGGGGGUG